GACUUCUACAAAAAGUGUUUGCCGCGCACGCACAUCAGCUUUAGAAGGAAGAAAACAAAGAAGGAAGCGCCGAACGCGCCAUGGGCUACACGCGUGAGCGCACGAACCGGCACUUCUUCGUGUCGCGGGCCAACGCCUUCUUCUCCCGCCUCCCGAUCGCUCGCAUUCAACGUGCGAUGGCGAUGGAGGCGAUCAAGAAGGGGACGAUGAAGCCGUGGAAGUACACCAAGGAGCAGAUUAUCGGGUCACCGAUCACGUGCAACUUCGAGUACAACCCGCGUCCGGUGCGGUUGAUCGGCACCGUCAUGGACGCGCACACGACGGAGACGAGCAUGAAAGGCGGACUGAAGGUUUACGCGCGUAAUGAGGAAGCGAACAUGAUGCUGUGGGUGCCCGCCGGUAAUCCAAAGCUGAAGUACGAAGUGACCUCCUCGAAAGGCAGCUUCGAGCACUACCUGGAUGAACGUAGUAAGUGGGACGAAGCCUGGCUGACGGGACGUGCUCGCAUGAAGUGA